UUGUAACAUGCCAUUUUUUUAGCAAUGGACAUUUUUUGAUAAAAUGGCAUCGAUAAACUGGUCAUUAUUAAGUUUUUAAAAAUGCCAGCUGUGGAUUUCGAGUUUGCGUAUCCCCAGAUUAUUGUCUUUUACAUCGUUGCGAAUUUAUAGUGAAGGUUUCUUGUUGGAUUGGGUACAAAUGAUCCUGGAGUGGGCAACUGUGUGAUUCCAUUAGCUCACGGAGACUGCGGUUGUCAUUGAUCUAUUGAGGGAGCGGACGUUGAAGAAUACAUUUGAGAAAUGAUGUGUGAAGUGAUGCCGACCAUUAACGAAGACACCCCCAUUAGUCAGAGGGGCUCUCAGAGCAGCGGCUCCGACUCGGACUCCCAUUUUGAGCAGCUGAUGGUGAAUAUGCUGGAUGAACGUGACCGGCUGCUGGACACACUCCGAGAGACACAGGAGAGCCUGGGAUUGGCGCAGCAGCACUUGCAGGAUGUCAUCUACGACCGGGACUCCCUCCAGCGCCAGCUCAACUCUGCACUGCCUCAGGAGUUUGCUGCAUUGACAAAGGAGUUAAAUGCAUGUAGGGAGCAACUACUGGAAAAAGAAGAGGAAAUUUCAGAACUGAAAGCUGAAAGAAACAACACCAGACUGCUCUUGGAACAUUUAGAGUGCCUUGUCUCCAGACACGAGCGAUCACUGCGGAUGACAGUUGUGAAGCGGCAAGCACAGUCACCUUCAGGGGUUUCCAGCGAGGUAGAGGUUCUCAAAGCUCUCAAAUCACUUUUUGAACAUCACAAGGCUCUAGAUGAGAAGGUUAGGGAAAGACUGAGGGUGUCUUUGGAAAGGGUCUCAGCCUUGGAAGAGGAACUUGCUGCUGCUAACCAGGAGAUUGUAGCUUUACGUGAGCAGAAUGCACACAUUCAGAGGAAAGUAGCAUCUGGAGACGGAUCUGAAGCUGAGCUGCUUGAAGGAGCUGAAGCUGGACAAAAAGUCCAUGGAAAGCGGAUGUCCAACGGCUCCAUCGACUCAACUGAUGAGGCCAGCCAGGUGGUGGAGCUGCAGGAGCUGUUGGAGAAGCAGAACUAUGAGCUGGCUCAGAUGAAGGAGCGCAUGUCCUCCCUGUCCUCCCGCGUCUCCGAGGUGGAGCAGGAGCUGGACACUGCCAGGAAGGACCUUAUCAAGUCUGAGGAGAUGAGCCAGAGAUACCAGAGAGACAUCAAAGAGGCCAUGUGCCAGAAGGACGACAUGGAGGAGCGCAUCACCACCCUGGAAAAGCGUUACCUCAGUGCUCAAAGAGAGUCCACCUCACUGCAUGACAUCAGCGACAAGCUAGAGAAUGAACUGGCCAACAAGGAGGCCUUCCUGCGGCAGAUGGAGGAGAAGAACAGGCAGCUGCAGGAACGUUUGGAGCUUGCGGAACAGAAGCUGCAGCAGACCAUGAGGAAGGCGGAGACUCUCCCAGAGGUGGAGGCUGAGCUUGCCCAGCGGAUAGCAGCCCUGACAAAGGCAGAAGAGAGGCAUGGAAGCAUUGAGGAACGCAUGCGCCAUUUGGAGGGGCAGCUGGAGGAAAAGAAUCAAGAACUGCAGAGGGCCAGGCAAAGAGAGAAAAUGAAUGAGGAACACAACAAGAGGCUUUCUGACACUGUUGAUAGACUUCUUACUGAAUCAAACGAACGCCUUCAGCUCCAUCUGAAAGAGAGAAUGGCUGCUUUAGAAGAAAAGAAUGUUCUAAUACAGGAUUCUGAAAAUUUUCGAAAACAGCUUGAGGAGUCACUCCAAGAAAAAGACCGUCUUGCUGAGGAUAUAGAAAAGCUGAGAUGUGAACUUGAAGCAUUUAAGAUGAGAGCUGGGCCACUAACAGAACCUGCCUUAUCCAGCAGGUCUCAUUUGGACGCAUCAACAGAGCUGAGAUACUCCAUGGGUUCCCUUGCAGACACACAGUCUGAUCACUACAGGUCUGCCAAAGUCAUAAGGAGGCCAAGGAGAGGGCGAAUGGGUAUACGGAGAGAUGAACAAAAGGCCAAGUCGCUGGGGGAACACGAGUGGGCCCGUUCUCAGCCAAUCAAUGUCCUUGGCAGCCACCACUUUGAGAGCGACACUGAAAUGUCUGACAUUGAUGAUGACGACAGAGAAACGAUCUUUAGCUCUAUGGACCUCCUUUCACCUGGUGGCCACUCUGAUGCCCAGACCUUGGCCAUGAUGCUGCAAGAACAGCUAGAUGCCAUCAACAAAGAGAUCAGGCUAAUUCAGGAAGAGAAAGAGUCAACAGAGCUGCGUGCAGAAGAGAUUGAAAACCGCGUAGCCAGCGUCAGUUUGGAAGGGCUGAAUUUAGCUCGUGUUCACCCUGGGACAUCAAUUACCGGCUCAGCAACUGCAUCUUCCUUGGCAAGUUCCUCACCUCCAAGUGGUCACUCAACACCCAAACUGACACCUCGCAGUCCCGCCCGAGAGAUGGAUCGCAUGGGGGUCAUGACACUGCCAAGUGAUUUAAGGAAGCACAGAAGAAAGAUUGCAGCAGUUGAUGAAGAUGGUCGUGAAGACAAGGCUACUAUAAAAUGUGAAACUUCACCACCUCCCACACCCCGACAGGUGCGAAUGACACACACUCUGCCAUCAUCUUACCACAAUGACGCCAGAGGUUUAUCAGCAACUUUGGAGGCAGAAACCGGUGCUCUCAGCAGUGUCACCAGCAGCCAGGAUUCACUUCACAAAGCUCCAAAGAAAAAAGGAAUCAAAUCUUCAAUAGGACGUUUGUUUGGAAAAAAGGAGAAGGGCAGGCUGGGACAGCUUGGCAAAGAGCUUGGGGGGCCAGGACAAGGAAGUAUGUCUGAUUCAGAACUUGGUGGCCAGGAUUCCCUUGGAUUAGGAAAGCUUGGGACUCAAGCAGAAAAAGACAGAAGGUUAAAAAAGAAUACAUCAGGGCAUGAACUUCUAGAGGAGGCCCGCAGGAAGGGUUUGCCCUUUGCACAGUGGGAUGGUCCGACAGUUGUGGCUUGGCUGGAACUCUGGCUCGGAAUGCCAGCUUGGUACGUGGCAGCCUGCAGAGCCAACGUGAAGAGUGGUGCCAUCAUGUCCGCUCUAUCUGACACUGAGAUUCAGAGAGAGAUUGGCAUCAGCAACCCCCUCCACCGCCUCAAGCUGCGCCUGGCCAUCCAGGAAAUGGUGUCACUUACCAGCCCUUCGGCGCCACCCACCUCCAGAACACCUUCAGGCAAUGUCUGGGUGACCCACGAGGAAAUGGAAAACCUAACAGCUCCCACGAAAACGAAGGAGUCAGAGGAGGGAAGCUGGGCUCAGACACUAGCCUAUGGUGACAUGAACCAUGAGUGGAUAGGCAACGAGUGGCUACCAAGUUUAGGAUUACCUCAGUAUCGCAGCUACUUCAUGGAAUGCCUGGUGGAUGCCAGAAUGCUGGACCAUCUAAACAAGAAGGAUUUGAGAGUGCAUCUUAAAAUGGUUGACAGUUUCCACAGGACUAGUCUGCAGUAUGGGAUUAUGUGCUUGAAGAGGCUGAACUAUGAUAGGAAAGAACUGGAAAGAAGAAGAGAGCAGAGUCAGCAUGAGAUGAAAGAUGUUUUAGUGUGGAGCAACGACCGUGUGAUCCGCUGGGUACAGAGCAUCGGGCUGAGGGAUUAUGCAAACACUUUGCUUGAGAGUGGCAUUCAUGGGUCCCUUAUAGCUUUGGACGACAAUUUCGACUACAGCAGUCUAGCACUGUUACUACAGAUCCCAAACCAAAACACUCAGGCACGACAAAUCCUUGAGAGGGAGUACAACAAUCUACUGGCUUUAGGGACAGAUAGAAGACUUGAUGAAUGCGAUGACAAGAACUUUAGACGAGGACCUUCUUGGAGAAGACAGUUUCCUCCACGGGAAGUCCAUGGAAUUAGCAUGAUGCCCGGAUCAUCUGAAACACUGCCUGCUGGUUUCCGCCUGACCACCACAUCAGGACAGUCACGCAAGAUGGCAUCAGAAGUUCUCUUUGAGGUGUUGGAUGACAGUCCUGAAGACUUGUUAAUGGACUGGUGUCAAGUUGCCUCAUCAGCAGUGCAGCGGCUAGACAGUUCAACUGUGCGGACAUACUCCUGCUGAGGUGCUAACAGAAAAAAAUGGCUCUGAGUUGUUUCUCCAUGUCAGUGGUGUCUGGAUCCUUCUCUUCUGCUCGAUGAGGCUCCUUGAAGUCUCCCUACUUUGAAGAUCGUCAUCUGAAAAAAACUAGAUGCACUGCCAGGAAACACUUAAAAAAUAAACUAGGGCCAUCUACAGGACAAAAAGUUAAACUGUCCUUUCAGCAGUUAAUAGCCAAGUCCAUGUAACUGGGCACCAACAUACUGUAAGGUGCUACAAAGAUACUUACAGACCUGUCAUAUUGUUGCAGUUUCUACCGUUUUCUUGUAACAUACUAGUUGAUAUUAUGUACUGUGUAUGUAUUUCUUUACAGGAAAUAUGUAGGGUCUUUGUAAAUGAAUAUAAAUAUGGCAGUUUUUAUAUAUAUAAAUUAUAUAUACAUGGGGUUUGUGAGAAUACCCUGAUGUCAUUUCCAUGUUUAAAGAUGCUGCUGUUUGUACCUUUUUUUCAUUAAACCAUUUUUACAAGUCAUAUUUUUCAUAGUGGUCAGGUUUCCAAAUUUAGCAGUGAUAGCACCUUGAAGAAAAAUAGCUUUUAAAGCUGGUUUGAUACCAGUCAUAGCACUGCAUUAUCUUCAGCUGUGAAACCUGCCUCCAUGUAGUGUACAGUCCUGUGAGUUGUUGCUAACUUUAACCAGAAGGAAACAAAUCUUUACUGGAAACUAGGAUUUCCAGGAAACACACAGCAAAGCACUGUGAUUUUUAGUCCCUCCAUCUAGCAAUGUACACUUAAUAUUUGCACCUUUAGCUAUGGACCAAGAUAUUUUUUUUUCUGAAGCACUUGAUGGAAUUUCAUUUUUUAACUGUAAGAUUCAGUAGAUUGAUACAGGACUUUUUCAUUAAUGUUUCACUAUGUUACAAUUAAAUAAAAGGCUAAAUAAAAUAGGAUCACCGUUACCCUUUGAAUCUUCAUGCUUUCAGCUGAGCUGUCUUUUUUUCUGUCAACUUCUACUGCUGAAAUCACUUUAUCGAAUGAAAUAACUGAAAGACAGAGCUAAACUUGUAGUGUGUACAGAAUAUAUCAAAUGUAAUAGUCAAGAGGAAUUUAAAGAAAAAAAAAACUAUUGCUUGUUGUGACUUUAUUUAGUGUUGCUAUGACUGUUUACUCUGUUUCUGUAUGAGUUUUCAGAGUGAUCUUUUGGAAUCUUUCCUUUCCAUAGUUGCUAACUCAUUGCUGCUUUAUCUUAGCAAAACACCUGUCUUUUAGUUAUUUCUACAAGUAGUUUGUUCUUGAUUUUUUGUCAAUGUUUAUUUUUUCUUUGCACGUACAGAAAAUCUUAUUUGUUUUACUUUGUGUCCAUUUUUAUUUAUUAUUGACUGUUUUUCGGUCAAAAAUAAAUGGUGAUCUAACAAAUUUACAUUGUCAAUAAAAUACUGUCAAAUAGUGUCAACUGUACUUUUUUUCUGCACAAUCCAGCAGUUAUUUUCCUCAAAGUACAUUAUAUGUGAAUUACAUUACACAUCAGAAGAUAAAGCAGUUAUGGACUACCUUCACCACAGAUAUAGAAACAAAACUACAGUGAUUUAGGAAUAAAAUACAAUUUAAGGAGGAUCUUCCUGGAAAAUGUGAAACAUUUAAACAUUUAUGUGAAAUUCAUUAAGAUGUUUGGACUUUUUUCGAUAGAUGUAUCACUUCUUUAAUCACCCUAUCUGUCAGCAAAAUAUAUAAUGUACAAUCUGAAUUAGUGGCAUGUCUACUUAAGAAGGAUAUAAAUCAAAUAUAUAAAAUAAAUUCGCAUAGUAUGUAAGGUAUUUUUCUGUUUAUUUUUUCAAAUUAGGGUUUUUUUCUGGUACACUGUAUGUUAACUAUUGUCUUUGUUAGUGUACAGCAUACAGUAUCUCAAGAGAAAUCUGUCAAGGGAAAUUGAUUUUUUAUGCUUCGCUAAGUAAUUAUCCUUGCAGCACUUGCUGAGAAUUCCAAAUCCCUUAUGCUAGUUCAAUUUUGGUGUGAAGUUAACUAAAAAAAUGAGUAGCUUAGAGGCAGUAAUUCAAAAUAAAACAAAGUUCCUAUACAAAAUCUGAUUUACAGUCCUUCCCCUGAUGAUUAUUUAAAAACUGAUUAAAGGCCACUUAUUUUCCACAUGCAGG